UUAAUAUUUUAUUAAAAAUGGCCAAAAAACUCUUUUCAAGAGAGAAGAAAGUUUUAAUUUCUUCUCCAAUUGGAUUUAAACAUAACGUUCAUGUUGGUUAUAAUCCCGAAACUGGUGAGUUUUAUGGAUUUCCUUCUGAAUGGAAAAGUGCUUUGGAUAAUAGUAUUCCCAAAGAAGAGCAGAGAAAAAAUCCUGAAACUGUAAUUAAAGUUGUGGAUUUUUUUCAUAAUCCAGAAAGCGGGCCUAAAUUUAUGGAUGUCGCUUCGAGCGAAGAACAAGAUGACUAUAAAACAGAAACAGAAGCGCCUUUAAAGAAAAAAAAAGGACCACCAGAAAUCACUGCCCGUCCGUUAAGUACAUAUACAGCCGCAACGCGUGACCUUUCCGGAAUAAGAAUUGAAGAAAAUAAAGCAGCCCUCGGCCUUAAAAAACCACCGCCACCCAAAAUACCCGCAUCUCCUCUGAAAAAAAGAACAAAAUCGCUUUCGGAUGAUGAAGUUCUAGCGCGUUUAAGAUCAUUGGUUAGCGAAAAUGAUCCGCGUGAGUGUUACGGAAGCUUCGUUAAGAUUGGUCAAGGCGCCAGCGGCUCGGUUUUUACGGCAACGGACUUAAGAAAUGGCUCGAUUGUUGCCAUUAAGCAAAUGAAUCUUCCACAGCAGCCAAAAAAAGAACUUAUUGUUGAUGAACUCUUGGUUAUGCGAGAAAAUAGACAUCCAAAUAUCGUUAAUUACAUCGAUUCGUAUUUGGUGGAUGAGGAUUUGUGGGUGGUGAUGGAAUAUUUAGGAGGCGGCUCUUUAACGUCCGUAGUAACAACCAGUGAAAUGUCAGAGGCGCAAAUUGCUGCCGUUUGCCGAGAGUGCUUGCAAGCACUAAAAUUCUUGCAUGCCCAACAAGUCAUUCACAGAGACAUCAAAUCAGACAACGUUUUGUUGGGGAUUGAUGGAAGCGUGAAAUUAACGGAUUUUGGGUUCUGCGCUCAACUAAUCAGCGACGAUCAGAAAAGACGUACAAUGGUGGGCACGCCCUAUUGGAUGGCGCCUGAAGUUGUCACGCGGAAGGCGUAUGGCCCAAAAGUCGAUGUUUGGAGUUUAGGCAUAAUGGCAAUCGAAAUGCUUGAAGGCGAGCCUCCUUAUUUAAACGAGAAUCCGCUUCGCGCGCUUUACUUAAUAGCAACUAUGGGGACGCCAAAGCUGAAGGAGCCAACCAGCGUCUCUCCCCGCUUCAAAGAUUUUCUUGAAAAGUCGCUGGACACCAACCACGAGUCUCGUUACACUGCUUCGCAGCUAUUGGCUCAUCCCUUUUUAAAGGAGGCUUGUCCUCUUAUUUCCUUGGUACCAUUAAUCGAGUAUGCCCUCAAGGUGGAAGCAGAAUAUGCUUAAAAGAUUUGGUCUAUUUGCUGAUUUAUAAUCUCGAGGCUCGCAUUUAUUAUUAUUACUGCCUAUAAAGUU